AUGGCAAUAAAACCUUUGAAUCUUGGGGUCUCUGAUCUGCAGGAGAACCUGAACCUGGCUCUGAACUCGUCGUCAGCCAUUGGCUGCCACGUGGUCAACAUAGGGGCGGAGGACCUGAAGGAGGGCCGGCAGCACCUGGUCCUGGGUCUGCUGUGGCAGGUCAUCAAGAUCGGGCUGUUCGCUGACAUCGAGCUCAGCAGGAACGAAGCUCUGAUGGCUCUUCUGCGUGACGGAGAGUCUCUGGAGGAUCUGAUGAAACUUUCCCCCGAAGAGCUGCUGCUGCGCUGGGCCAACUUCCACCUGGAGGAGGCCGGCUGCAGUAAGAUCAACAACUUCAGCUCCGACAUCAAGGACUCGAAGGCGUACUACAACAUCCUGAACCAGGUCGCCCCGAAAGGAGACGAGGAGGGGAUCCCCCCCAUCGCCAUCGAUGUGUCCGGACUCAGGGAGAAGGACGAUGUGCAGAGAGCGGAGAUGAUGUUGCAGCAGGCAGACCGGCUCGGCUGCAGACAGUUCGUCAUGCCGACAGACGUCGUCCGCGGCAACCCCAAACUCAACCUGGCCUUCGUUGCUAACCUGUUCAACAAAUACCCGGCGCUGAAGAAACCCGAGAACGUGGACAUCGACUGGAGCUCCAUCGAGGGUGAGACCCGGGAGGAGCGGACCUUCAGGAACUGGAUGAAUUCUCUGGGAGUGAAUCCUCGAGUGAACCACCUCUACGUGGACAUUGACGACGCGCUGGUGAUCUUCCAGCUCUACGAGAAGAUUAAGGUCCCAGUGGAUUGGGACAAAGUCAACAAGCCGCCAUACUCCAAACUGGGAAGCAACAUGAAGAAGCUGGAGAACUGUAACUACGCGGUGGAGUUGGGGAAGAAGGAGGCCAAGUUCUCUCUGGUCGGCAUCGCGGGGCAGGACCUGCACUCCGGGAAUCGAAAGCUCACCCUCGCUCUGCUCUGGCAGCUCAUGAGAAGGUACACUCUGAACAUCCUGGAGGAUCUGGGCGACGGUCGUAAAGUGACGGAUGACACCAUCGUGUGCUGGGUGAACGACGCUCUCACUCAGGCGGGGAAACCCACCAUCAGUAGCUUCAAGGACGCGUCGAUCAGCAGCAGCAUGCCGGUCCUGGACCUGAUCGACUCCAUCCAGCCCGGAUCAAUCAGAUACGACCUGCUGAAGACUGAAGACCUGACGGAGGACGAGAAGCUCAACAACGCAAAGUAUGCUAUCUCCAUGGCGAGGAAGAUGGGCGCCCGAGUGUACGCGCUGCCGGAGGACCUGGUGGAGGUGAACCCUAAGAUGGUGAUGACGGUGUUCGCCUGCCUGAUGGCCCGCGGCAUGAAGAGGGCCUGAAGUGGGCCUGAAGUGGGCCUGAAGUGGGCCUGAACAGGGCCUGAACAGGGCCUGAUGAGGGCCUGAAGUGGGCCUGAAGAGG